AUGAGUUCACUCACGGUAGAGACAACCGAUGGCCGUAGGGCUAUCAUUCGGUAUUCUGGGGAGAUACAUGUAGCGGAAGGACAUUUCUUGGGAAUCGAGCUUCCUACAGCUACUGGAAAGAACGAUGGAUCUACGGCCACACCCGCCAGUAGGACGGCCACAACGAAAGCUUCUCGCACUUCGAGUAUAGGUGCCGCAACACCCAAGCUGUCCUCGCGAACUUCAAUGGGCCCCCCGUCAAAUCGCCUAUCCGUCACCUCGCCCCCUGCGACUUCGUCCACCCGACCAUUGGCUCGCAAGUCCACUAACCGAUUGUCUCGACCCUCAAUUGGCGGAGCAAGGACCGUCUCUACCUCGUCGACUGCAUCCCCAUCGAGCAAGACCUCGCGAGACCCCGCCGUGGACAAUCUAGAAACAAAGAUUAAGCAUUUAGAGAAACAGCGUGCAGAAGACAGGGAGAAAUUGAAGCUAUUAGACCAAACCAAGGCGGAGAAGGAUAAAUUCGAGACGAUCAUUCAAAAGCUACAAGGAAAAUGUCAAACCUUUCACCAGGAGAACACCGAGCUGAAGGCAAAGGCCAAGGAGACGGCAAGUGAACUGGACCGCCUUCAGAACAGCGAGGCCGAGGCGGAAUCAAUAUUGGAGCUGGCGACACUGGAUCGGGAGAUGGCAGAAGAGCGUGCCGAGCAGGCAGAGGCCGACCUGGAAAGUUUGAGAAAACGCUUAGAAGAGCAAGAGCUGGAGAUUGAGAUUCUCAACUCGGAGCGGGAAUUGUUGACCGAGAACAUGUCGGACGAGGCGAAGGAGGCUGCUGGCUACUAUCAUCUCCAGAACGAGCGCGACCGACUACGCGAUGCUCUGCUCAUGUUGAAAGAUCUGACCGAGGGCACCGAAAUAGAGUUGAGGGCACGGAUCAAGGAACUGGAAGACGACCAGUCCCAGGCCGAGCAGAUCCUCACCGAGCGAGACGAGUUCAAGGAAGACCUCGCCCAGAAGGACUCCAUCAUCGAGAAUCUACGCCAGCAGCUCGAUGCCGCCAACGAAUGCGAGGAAAUGAUCGAAGAACUCUCGGCCCAGAACCACGACUUUAAGCAGCAACUCGCGGACAAGGAUAUGGUUAUCGAGGAUCUGGAGAGCCUGAAGGAGCUCAACGACGAGUUGGAGGCUCACCAUUUAGAGCAAGCCCAAGAGCUGCGCGCCGAGGUCGAGACAAAGGACACCGAGCUGGCCGAACAAGCUCAAAAGAUCAUCCAGCAGGAUGCAAGCAUCGCGGACCAAGAAUCGAAGAUGUCCAACGUCGAGUCUUCCAAGAUGAUGAGCGACGAGCAGGCCAAGGACGUCACGAACCGAUUCGACGAGAUCAUGGAGAUGAACAGACAGCUGCGCACGGCCAAUCUCGAAUCCAUCGGCAAGGACAUUAAAUCGAAUCUCAAGCAAUUGGAAGCCGAGGAAGCCAGCGAGGAGCUCGCCAUUGUUCGACACUACCUCGUCGACAGCCAGGACACGUACCAGAAUGAUUCACUAGGCGCCUACUUCCGAGCGAAACGUAUCGCGUACAAAGCGCGCAUGCUUUCCAAGUUCAUGAAAGACUACGACGUCAAGUACUUCGACACCGUCGCCCGCAACGACCCCAUCACGAACCUGCAGCGGGUCCUCACGAUGCACCAGCUCGACGUCCUCGAGUUCAAGGCAGAACAAUUCUGGGCAGCCAUCAAAUCUGCCACGUUGGAACAGUUCAUGGCAUUCGGGCCCGCACACCGCGAGCUGGACACGAUCGAGAAGAUCAUAGAUCGCUUCCUGGAUCUGUUCAGCAAGGACGAAGCCAAGUAUGACGAAAUCUCCGACUCCAUCCGCCGUUCUAACCACAUCCUGACCGGCAUCUCGCUGGACUACCAGGAGACGCUCGAGACCCGGCCGGAUAACGAGUUGAUCUACCGCGUCUCGAGCAUGCGCGCUCACUUCGAUCUCAUCAAGAACUCUUUUGAGGCCAUCGUCGUACUCGUCAAGAAGAUGCAAAGUGCGGACGAUGAACAGAAUGACGGCGUGGACGACUUCCUCGUCACCAUGAGCCACACUGCGAAGAUCUCCUCGGAAGGAUUCUUCGCGGCCCUCAAGACAGCCCGAACGUUGGAGAACCGCCGCAACGACGGGCUCUAUCCCAAGUUCUCCGAGGGAUCGGACGAGGUGAUUGAGCAAGAAGAGUUCCUGAAGCGCACCGCCCAGUCGUCUCUAGCAUUCGCCAGGGACUUGAUCCAGGGCAUCACACCCGAGGAGGAAUUGGAAGAGUCCCUGGGGAGCGAACUCCGCUCGCUGCUACGGACCCUAAAGAGCAAGCACUUCCCCGAAGACGAAAUCCUGCGCCUCGACAGCAUCCAGUCCAUGUUGAAGUCGUGGACCGAGCACGCCUCCGUGUUGAUGAACAAUGUCGAGAUCGAGAUCGCCCCCGCGCCAUGGAUCGUCAAGGCCGAGAAUAUCAAGCUUGCCAAGGAGCGCACCGUGGAGACGGAGCGGAAGUUCCGAGACCUCACCGACGAACAUCAGUCGACGUUGCUGCAAUUCCGCGAGCGUGAGCAGGAGAUUGAGACGAAGGAGUUGGAGAUUGAACAUCUAAAGGCCAAGCAUCGGGAGGCGACAUCAAAGGUCGCAGACUUUAAUCUACUCCAAGUCGAACUCAAUGCUGCGCGCGAAGAUAGGGACCGCCUCGAAGUCGCCGCCAAGCAGCAACGCGCUACCAUCGAACGUCUAGAGGACAGGCUUGUCGCCAUGGAACAUCUGGAGCCCGUGGAGCGUGCCGAUCCAUCUGCUGGAUCCGUGGCAGAUCACGACGUUCCAAUCACGCGAGCGCAAGCCUCAACAGCCUUCGUCCCUCUCGUACAGGCCCUUCAAGAAGAAAACCAAUGGCUGCGUCGUAGGGAACAUAAUAAAAGAAUGGACGAGAGUCUGAAGAUCUUGAAGGCUCAGGAUCUGGCAGACGAGAUGCUCGCCAUGGCGUUGUAUCUCGGGGAGCCUUCAGAGCCCGAUUCCAUCGAACCGACCGAAGGAACAGCCGAAAAGUCUGCACAUACAGAAUCAGAAGAACCGAGACCCCCGAGGAAGCGCACACCAGGUCCGAUUCUCCUUGCACCCAUUUCCACGAGCCUCAAAUGGGCGCCCAUGUCAUCCAAUCCCAUGUACAUCUACGAAGACUUGGAAGAUCUCAGCUUCAUCGAUCUAUCGCCCGUGGAGGAAGAGUUCAGCGAGGCUGUUCUCGAUAGCCAUCUCAACCGCAUCAUGUCACUUUGA